AUGUAUAUGGAGAUUUAUACUAGCGCGGGUUUGGGAAUACGAGACCUACGAUUAGUUAAUACCAGCCUACUUGCAAAAUGGCGGUGGAAACUUUUGUCACAAGAAAAUGAGUUGUGGAAAGAUGUUGUUAUAGCUAGAUAUGGAAGUGAUGUUAUUGGUAAAAGAAAACUAGGGGAUGUAGAUGUACCAAGACUUGCUUCAAAUUGGUGGAGGGACCUAUGUCAUUUGGAGAACGGGUCUAAUUGGUUUAGUCUAGCGGUUGGGAAGAAGGUGGGGAGAGGAGACUCAACAUCUUUUUGGAAUGAAGUGUGGGUGGGCGUCCAAUCCUUACGGCAACGCUUCCCACAUUUUUUUGGAAUUUCUUUGCAACAACAAGUUGUGAUUCAAGAGGCAGGAAGUUUGAUUGAUGGUAGAUGGCAGUGGAACUUGAUGUGGCGCAGGGAAAUGUUCCAAUGGGAGGAGGAUCAAUACAGUGAGUUAGUUGAAAUUAUCGCACCAUUCUUUCCCUUGGAUAUUAAUGACAAGUGGUUGUGGCUUGGAGAUGGAAUUCAGGGUUUUACUGUCAAAACAACAUAUCUGCAAUUGGAGAAUGUGGCAAAUAAUCGCAGGACACUAGAACCGAUCGAGGUUUUUGUUUUUAAAAGGCUAUGGGAGAGUGCUUCGCCUUCCAAGAUACGUGCUUUUGUGUGGCAGCUGUUACUAAACCGUGUGCAGACCAAGGAUAAUUUAUACAAGCUAAAGAUGUUGCGAACUGAUCAACAAACGUGUGUGAUGUGUGAACGAAAGGCUGAAACUGCAGUUCAUCUUUUCCUUCAUUGUGAUUGUGUGUCGAAGGUUUGGUAUGAAUUACGAGGUGGUUGGGUUUUACCUUGA